UUCCCCAUCCCCUCCCCCCCCCCCCCCCGGUCGGGACAAUCUUCUCGAUGCUGUCCAAUUCCCGACCCCGGCAGAUCCUCUUCCUUGAACACUGGCUUCGAGCGGCGGCCGGUGCUGACGCCUCUCAAACUCCUUCUCCCGCUGCUGCUGCUGCUCCUCCUUCGGCGGCUGUGAUCCUCCGGUCGUGGGCCGACCUCCGUGACCCCUCGGCCGACCCUCCUCGCCUCCUCUCCGCUCUCCUUACACUCUCCCGCGGCCGCUCCGCCCUCCACGUCUCCGACCCCCAGGCCAAGCUCCUCCUCUCCCUGCUCCCUUCCUCCUCUCCUGACGCCUUCCCCCUCGUCCUUUCCCUCCUCUACACCUAUCUCCGCAAGUCUUCCCGCCCUUCCCCUCCCCUCCUUCUCUCCAUCCUCUCCGUCUCCUCCUCCUUUCCCCCGUCGACUCACUCCAUCCUCCUCCUCGGUGCCCUCUCCGCCUCCCCCGCUCUCCCCGCCUCCGCCCUCUCGCCCUGCCUCGACCACCUCUGCUCUUUCUUGGAUUCCUCCCUGCCCGCGAUUUUCCGUGACGCCGACCUUCUCCCAGAAUUUCUCGCCGGCAUCGGCUACGCCCUCUCCCGAUUGGAGGACGAUGCGCGUCUUGGAAAAAUCCUUAACUUUCUGUUUCGGAUUUGGUCCGCCGAAGCCGGCGGGCUUGGACCCUCGCUCUCCCAUGGCCUUAUGGUUCUGCGCUUGUUCGAGUGGUGCACGUCGGGGUUCCUGGCUUCAAGGUCUUGGAGCAGAAUUGAGUCGCUCUGCGGAGAGAUCUCAGCGAACAAGAGCAAAUCCAGGGGGAAUUUCGCUCCCCUUUUGGUGUUGAUGGCUCCUGCCGGAGUUCUGAGGGCUUUCAGAAGCAAUAGGGUUGAAAUUGACCCUCGGCUGAGGAAGUCUAUCGAAGAGUCGAUAAGUUAUGUCGCAGAGUGCACCAUUUCUAGAAUUGGGACUGAUUCUGGUUCUAAUGUAUCGGAUGACAGCCAUGUUCUGCUGCAGUGCAUUGCAAUUGGUUUGGCUCGGUGCGGCUCAAUUUCAUUCAAUGCGUCUGUGCUUCGGAGCCUUUGUCUCUCAUUGUUGAACGAAGUCUUUCCCCUGCAGUAUUUCUUUAGGAUGUCCUUAGAAAAUGUGAAUGAAAAUUUGGCCACCUGCAAGGCAACGGAGCAUUUAGGUAGUGCCCUUUUUAAAGAAGCAGGUGCAGUGACUGGAGUCUUCUGCAAUCAGUAUGCAUCUGCAGACGAGGUCAGCAAGGCAAUGGUUGAAAACCAUUUGUGGGAUUAUUCUCAACAGGUUUACUCGAAUCUACGUUUAGCAGCAUGGGUUCAUCGAGGGAAGAGUGAUGAGCUGCUGGGGGAUUUGGAAAAGAUUGCCGAAGCUGCAUUCUUGAUGGUAGUUGUUUUUGCUGCAGAGGUUAGCAAACAUAAGUUGAAUAGCAAAUCUUCUCAUGAGUUCAGACCGGAGGUCUCUUCUAGGAUCCUUGUUGCAUUCUCUUGCAUGGAGUAUCUCCGUCGUGUUCGCCUGCCCGAGUAUACCGAGGCAGUUCGCCGUGCUGUUUUAACCCUCCAGGAGAAUGCAGAUUCAUGUGUUUCAUUUGUCGAGUCAAUGCCUCCUUACACCGAGCUAACAAAAGCACAGGGCUCAAUUAUAUUGGAGAGGAUGAGAUAUAUUUGGUCACAAGAUGAAGUGCAGACUUCUCGUAUAUUAUUUUACCUGCGAGUUUUGCCAACUUGCAUAAGUUUUGUCCCUACCUCCUUGUUUGGGAAACGAGUAGCACCGACUAUGUUCUUAUAUAUGCAACACCCUAAUGAAAAAGUAACCCGAGCUUCACACUCCAUAUUUGUUUCUUUUGUAUCCUCUGGCAAGGAUUCCGAUCAGGAUGAUAGAGUUGUUUUAAAGGAGCAACUUGUUUUCUAUUACAUGCAGCAAGCUUUGCAGGUUUAUCCCAGGAUUACACCAUUUGAAGGUUUGGCUUCUGGUGUUGCUGCUUUGGUCAGGCAUCUUCCUGCUGGAAGUCCAGCAAUAUUUUAUUGUAUUCAUAGCCUUGUGGCAAAAGCUUCUGACCUUUGUGGGAAGGCCAUGAGUGAAGAUCCAACCAUGUGGAAAAGUUGGGAAGGAAGUUCAGGACCUCCUAAAAAGGUCCUGGAUCUUCUACUUCGCCUCAUUUAUCUUGUAGAUAUACAGGUGUUGCCAUACUUGUUGAAGCAAUUGGCAGAAUUCAUAAUCCAGCUGCCUAAAGAUGGUCAGAAUGCACUACUUGACGAGAUGUAUUUUCAAGUUGCCGAGUCAGAUGAUGUCACUAGAAAACCAGUUCUGGUGUCAUGGCUGCAAUCACUCUCCUUCAUAUGCUCGCAAAAGAAGGCUUCCUCCACAACUGAAGCUGCCGAGAAGCAUGUGAGCCCUGUGCCAAGUAACGAUGGCUUAAGUUGGAAUAGAACCAGCGCUCGGCUCUGAAGGUUUUCUUCUGAGCUUGUACUCACAUGUCGCAUGAAUUUACUUGGGAAAUAAAAGAGAUUCCACAAGGCAUUAUGAUCCAUUAAAUGGUGACUCAGAAAAUUUCUUGCAGUGGGAGUCAUUUUCAAAAGUCAGAUCCUUCAGAAAUGGCCGUUCAACGCAGAGACCUGCUUGCUUGUUCAGGUAGAAGUCCUAGCAAUGGUUUCAAAAUUGUUGUGUUUAUAUCUUCCUUUAAAGCUUCCAAUUCAUUCACCCAUUAAUUAAAUGGUGCAAAAUCUUGAGCAGUAUAAUAUAAUUCAUAUAGUUUAUUUUGUAUGUGAUAACAUAUGGGAAAAAAAAUGUGUUUUUGAUGUCUCUCUCUCUCUCUCCAUGUAUAUAUUUCCAAAUAUUAGGCUUUUCACGUG